AAUCACCAAAAGAUGUCACCAUUGCAUAUAACAACAACAGCGCCAUCUAUCCAACUAUAUAAGUGACGCGUCAAAAAAAUUCCAAUCUCUUUUUAGCUCCACUCUGCACGUGUUAAGAUGGGGGAUGAAACUAACCUCGAUAAAAUCUUAACGGAUGAAGAAAAAGAUUUAAUCGUAGCCCAAAAUUCAAGGUUAGUACCUCAAUUUAAAGCGAAUCAAUUAGAAGAACACGCCCAAAAACAUUGGGACUUAUUUUAUAAGAGAAACGAAAAUCGAUUUUUCAAAGACCGACAUUGGACCACGCGUGAAUUCCAAGAUCUUUUAAACGAGAAAUAUCAAUGUGAAAAGCGGGUUUUAUUUGAAAUUGGUUGUGGUACUGGUAAUUUUAUAUUUCCCCUUAUCGAAGCGGGAUUAAAUUUUGAAAUAAUAGCUUGCGAUUUAUCAAAAAGAGCCGUGGAGAUUGUAAGAAGAAAUAAAUUGUAUAAUAAAACGUUUAACGUUUUCGUUGGGGAUAUAACGGUUGAUAAUUUUGAUGAAGUUAAAUCAAAUAGUGUCGAUAUAGCAACGUUAAUAUUCGUUUUAUCAGCAAUUCAUCCCGAUAAAUUUAUUAAAACGCUUAAAAACAUUUUUGAUAAGUUAAAACCUGGGGGUGUUUUAUUAUUCCGUGAUUACGGUCUUUACGAUAUGGCUCAGUUAAGAUUUAAAGCUGGACAUAAGAUAUCGGAAAAUUUGUAUAUGAGGCAAGAUGGUACGAGGUGUUAUUAUUUCUCUUUGGAUUUUAUUAAAAAUGUUAUGGAGAAAGUUGGGUUUGAAAUUAUCUCGAAUGUUUAUGUCCAUAGACGUACUAUUAAUAAAAAGGAGGGAGUUGAUGUUCCUCGGAUAUUCGUACAAGGAAAAUUUCAAAAAUCUUCCUCUGAAAAAGGUUAAAUAUGAGUCGAUUUAUUGGAGAUUUAAGCCAAAUUAAAAUUCUACAACAAAUGAUUUCUGAAAUGAAGAUUAUAAAAUAGAAGAGAAAUCUAUGAAGAAUUUAAUGGAAUUUGAGGAUGGUUUAAAAAGGAAUUCAUAAAUCUCACCAAUAAAGGCACUCAAAAAGGUGUCUUUCGAUGGAUAUUUACUACUUUUCUACUUUAUUUAUAUUAACCAUAAUGUUAGAAAGAGGUUGUCUGAUAGUUUUAGUCUGAUCAAAUCUCCAUUAUGAAUUAUAAAAUAUAUAAAAAAAUGGUGUGAUGAA